AGGCGCCCCGUGCAGCCAGGAAGCCAUGUCCGCCAAAGCUAUUUCUGAGCAGACCGGGAAGGAGUUUUUGUAUAAAUACAUUUGCACCUCGUCCGCCAUCCAGAACCGCUUUAAAUAUGCCAGAGUAACGCCCGAGACCGACUGGGACCAUCUGAUCCAAGAUCAUCCCUGGCUUUUGACUGAGCGUCUGGUGGUGAAGCCUGACCAGCUGAUCAAACGGCGUGGCAAGCUGGGUCUAGUAGGGGUGAAUCUCACCUUGGAUCAAGUGAAGACAUGGCUAAAGCCACGGCUGGGCCAUGAAACCACAAUUGCCAAAGCGAAAGGCAUCCUGAAGAACUUCUUGAUAGAACCUUUCGUUCCACACAAACAGGCAGAGGAGUUCUACGUGUGCAUCUAUGCUGCCCGUGAGGGGGACUACGUGCUGUUCUACCACCAGGGUGGCGUGGAUGUGGGCGAUGUGGAUGCCAAGGCUCAGAAGCUGCUGGUGGGCGUUGACAAGAAGCUCGACGAAUCAGCUAUCAAGAAGCACCUUUUGGUGCAUGCUCCGCCAAACAAGAAAGACGUCUUGGCAAGCUUCAUCUCUGGCCUGUUCAACCUCUAUGAAGACUUAUACUUUACGUAUCUGGAAAUCAACCCACUAGUCGUAACCGCUGACGGUGUUUACGUGCUGGACCUGGCGGCAAAGAUCGAUGCGACAGCUGACUAUAUCUGCAAAGUGAAAUGGGGCGAUGUGGAGUUCCCCCCUCCCUUUGGAAGAGAGGCUUAUCCAGAGGCAACCUACAUUGCUGACCUAGACGCCAAGAGUGGAGCCAGUUUAAAGUUGACUAUCUUGAAUCCCAAGGGCAGAAUUUGGACCAUGGUGGCUGGAGGCGGAGCUUCUGUCGUGUACAGUGACACCAUCUGCGACCUUGGUGGGGUGGACGAACUGGCCAACUAUGGCGAAUACUCUGGCGCUCCCAGCGAGCAGCAGACCUAUGACUACGCCAAAACAAUCCUCUCCCUCAUGACUCAGGAAAAACACCCAGAAGGUAAAAUCCUGAUCAUCGGAGGGAGCAUUGCUAAUUUCACCAACGUAGCCGCUACAUUUAAGGGAAUUGUUAGAGCCAUUAAGGACUACCAGGGCCCCCUGAAAGAGCAUGAGGUGCGGAUCUUCGUCAGAAGAGGGGGGCCCAACUACCAGGAAGGCCUGCGUGUCAUGGGGGAAGUAGGAAAAACAACCGGCAUCCCAAUCCACGUCUUUGGCACAGAAACCCACAUGACUGCCAUUGUCGGCAUGGCACUGGGGCACCGGCCCAUCCCAAAUCAGCCUCCCGCUGCGGCUCACACGGCAAACUUCCUCCUUAAUGCCAGUGGCAGCUCCUCGACUCCGGCACCAAGCAGGACAGCGUCUUUUUCCGAGUGCAGACCUGAAGAGCUGGCUCCAGCCAAGAAAGCCAAGCAGGCGGCCCCUUCAGGUAAAGCCACAACCUUGUUCAGCCGUCACACCAAAGCAAUUGUAUGGGGGAUGCAGACCCGGGCCGUGCAGGGGAUGCUGGACUUUGACUACACCUGCUCCAGAGACGAGCCUUCGGUAGCUGCCAUGGUCUACCCGUUCACUGGUGACCACAAACAGAAGUUCUACUGGGGCCACAAAGAGAUCCUCAUCCCCGUCUUCAAGAACAUGGCGGAUGCCAUGAGGAAGCACCCGGAAGUGGAUGUGUUGAUCAACUUUGCAUCUCUUCGCUCAGCAUAUGACAGCACCAUGGAGACCAUGAACUAUCCACAGAUUCGUACUGUGGCGAUCAUUGCGGAAGGCAUCCCAGAGGCACUGACCCGCAGAUUAAUCAAGAAAGCAGAUGAAAAAGGAGUUACGAUUAUUGGACCUGCAACGGUAGGGGGGAUCAAGCCAGGCUGUUUUAAGAUUGGAAACACGGGUGGAAUGUUGGACAACAUCUUGGCAUCGAAGUUGUACCGCCCUGGCAGUGUAGCCUACGUUUCCCGUUCAGGAGGGAUGUCCAACGAACUCAACAACAUCAUCUCCAGGACCACGGACGGGGUCUUCGAAGGAGUAGCCAUUGGUGGGGACAGAUAUCCUGGUUCUACUUUCAUGGAUCAUGUUUUACGCUACCAGGACACUCCAGGGGUGAAGAUGAUAGUAGUGCUUGGAGAAAUCGGAGGAACAGAGGAGUACAAGAUCUGCAGAGGGGUUAAAGAAGGCCGGAUCACUAAACCUGUCGUCUGCUGGUGUAUUGGGACCUGCGCAACCAUGUUCUCUUCAGAGGUCCAGUUUGGACACGCAGGGGCGUGUGCCAAUCAGGCAUCCGAAACGGCCGUGGCCAAGAACCAAGCCCUGAAAGAAGUGGGUGUUUAUGUACCUCGGAGUUUCGAUGAGCUGGGCGAAGUGAUUCAGUCUGUAUAUGAAGAUCUUGUUUCCAAGGGUGUGAUUGAGCCGGCUCAGGAGGUUCCUCCCCCUACUGUGCCAAUGGAUUACUCGUGGGCAAGGGAACUUGGUUUGAUCCGGAAACCGGCUUCCUUCAUGACGAGCAUCUGCGAUGAGCGGGGCCAGGAGCUGAUCUAUGCCGGCAUGCCCAUCACUGAGGUCUUCAAAGAAGAGAUGGGGAUCGGUGGUGUCUUGGGUCUGUUGUGGUUCCAGAGAAGGUUACCCAAGUACGCCUGCCAGUUCAUAGAGAUGUGUUUGAUGGUGACAGCUGAUCAUGGGCCUGCGGUGUCUGGAGCACAUAACACUAUUGUCUGUGCGAGAGCGGGGAAGGACCUGGUCUCCAGUCUCACCUCUGGCCUGCUCACCAUCGGGGAUCGAUUUGGUGGUGCUCUUGAUGCAGCGGCGAAGAUGUUCAGCAAAGCUUUUGACAGCGGCAUCAUCCCGAUGGAGUUUGUGAACAAGAUGAAGAAAGAAGGGAAGCUGAUUAUGGGCAUCGGUCACCGAGUCAAAUCGAUCAACAACCCAGAUAUGAGAGUUCAAAUCCUCAAGGAUUACGUGAAACAGCAUUUUCCUGCAACGCCCCUUUUGGACUAUGCACUGGAAGUGGAGAAGAUUACUACUUCCAAGAAACCUAACCUCAUCCUGAAUGUUGAUGGGUUCAUUGGAGUGGCCUUUGUCGAUGCGCUCAGGAACUGUGGCUCCUUUACACGGGAGGAAGCUGAUGAAUACAUUGACAUCGGGGCCCUCAAUGGCAUCUUUGUGCUUGGCAGAAGUAUGGGAUUCAUCGGACAUUACCUAGAUCAAAAGAGGUUGAAGCAGGGCCUGUACCGUCACCCAUGGGAUGACAUCUCCUACGUCCUGCCGGAGCACAUGACUAUGUGACCACCCAAUGGGACAAAAUGUGCUGCUUGUACAGAUGAUGUA